GACACCAAGGCGGGACUGGGAGGAGGGAGCCGAGGGAGGAGGGCGAGCGUCAGCUGGCACCGGCGCCCAAUCGGCGAAGAGCUCGUGGAGGCGGCUGUGAUGUUGUCACCUGACUGUGGUCGGGCAGCGCAGCGCCUGGAGAAGCCGCGGCGGAGCUGGCCCCGAGGCAGGGGGUCGAAGUGGCUCAGGCUCGCUUGAGGUUGCUGCGGGUGAGUAAGAUGGCCGGCGGCGCUGGGGCGGAGGUGGAGGGAGAAACCCUCGCGCGGGCAGGCGGGCGGAGCGGGGCUCGUGGGCGGCGCGGCGGGUUGCGGGGACAGCGCGGCAGGGAGGGCGAGAGCGCAGGCGCACAACUCGCGAGAGGCUCCCCAGAGUCUGCAUGUUUUCCUCCGCGUCCGGGUGGGGGGUGGGGAGUGGAGCAGGGCGAGGACGAGGCUCGGCUGCCCUUUCGAGCCGAGGCUGGGAAGUGGCUCGAGGGGCGGGUGGUGGCGGCGGUGUCCGGGCCACAGGCAUAGAAGCGCCUUCGCCGGACUCUGGAUGCCUCGCGGUGGCUCCGCCAGUGUCCUUCCCCGCCCCGCACCCCGUGUAGUCUCUUCGGGGCAGAGACCCAUCCUUCUUGCUGCUUCGGCCUUGUGAUUAUAGAGUCCGGUUGCCGGACCUGGGGGGGGGGCAGUCCGUGUGCCUUUUCUCCUGUAAACCGGACUGACAAUAAGACCCGCUGACCACAGAGAGAGUCACAAGGAGCUAGGUUGGUUUGCUGUGGACGAACCACCUCAGGCUACUGCAGUCUAAAGCUAGACACUCUGACUAAGAAUAAGGUUCGUUUGGGCUUAGUUGGACGUGGUUUUAUUAUGUCUUCCGUUUGAAUAACGUCGGAAUAACUCGCAUUGCCUGGGCCUACGGAAUGCAACCUUUUAAGCCUACCUGACAGCCUCAUUUGAACGCCUGCUUUCUCCUGCUACAUUCCAUCUCAAGACUUUGUGCCCGAUGCACUCGCAUGGCUUUCCUGCCAGCCACACUUGGUUUACUAUCAGACCUGAAAUGCUUUGCCUGUGCUUUGUGGCAUUGUGAUUGGCCUAAUAGCGAUUUUAGAAUUCUGUGGGUGGUGAACAGUAGUUUUAAAAGCCACUUUUUAAAAGUGCAAGCAGCAAACAAAUAAUUACAAAUACAAAAUAAAAGCAAUCCAAAUCACUGGCAGCAUUGAGUGAAUGUGCUUAAAGUGCAGCUUGAAGGAUGCAACCCUUAACACACUUAAGGUACGUUCACUUUAUCGCUUGCUCUGAAUCCAGUGUGCAGUGUUCUCCCACUGCCAAUUUUGGAAGCAGUAUGUACAUUGAUCCAUUAUUUUCUUGAGAAACACUGCUGUUUUUCUGCUGAAAAACACUGAUGAGUUUUUCUUCAAACCAGCUAAAAUCCAGCUGGGUUGGAAUAGAAUAAUAGAAUCAAAGAAUUGGAGAGUUGGAAGGGAUAAAUGGUAAUGUGAACAUUUAAGACAACCAUCACACAUGCACGGAAGAGCGCACGUGUGCAGAUGACAGCUUCAUGAACAUGAGUUUUUGGGGGGUGGGUUGCAAGGGCAUGGAAGCCAAAAAGGUCAUGCAUGUCAUGUGAAGACAUCCUUACCCCCUCUCUGUGGUAUGAGCAACACUAUGCACAUAUGGUUAGAAACACAGCAGGGAGAACUUAUUUCACUGUGUUUAAGCUGCUAAUGUGAACAUACCCUUAACGGUAAAUCAUUGUAGAAACUGUGUCCAAGUAAACAUGUGCAGGAUCAGCUGAUCCCAUAUCUUCUGUGGACAGGAUCAUGAGGUUAGUCUGAAACAUUGAGUGUUCCUCUUAGGGACAUUGAUAAAAUGUGAUGUCAAGAAGUUGAGUUAGUAUUGUGAAGUGGAACGCUUCAAAUUAUAAAGAAAGUAGCCAAACAUGUCUACUUGUAAUGGGGGAGAAACCCAUUGGAUUUAGCAGCUGCUUCUGACAGGUGAACAUAGUAGAUUAAAAGGCCAGUACAGUACUUGAAUGAGAUCUUAAUAUGUCCCCUUGGUUGCACUUCGGCGAUGUCUGUUACAGAUAUAUUACACCACUAAUGUAUUACCUGAAUUAAACAAAAAGCUUAAUUGUGUUUUCCAAAAUAUCUCUAGGCUCAUGAAAAACUGCCAAGGUAAGGUAAACAAUAAGCUGUGCCUUCUUUCCUCCUCUUGUUGUCUUUAUUUUUCUUGGCAGCAUGACAUAAGCGUCUAGCUGUACCACAAUAGAUAAACAAGCCCAACUACAUUUCAUAUCAUUCCUCCCUCCCCUCCCCCGUUUGAAUUUGUGCCUCUGAAUGCAUGUUGGCUAUGCUUGUUCUGUUACAAGAUUUAGAAACAAAUAUAAAGUGUUCAUUUCAAAUCCCAUAAAACAACAGAAAAUAUAACAGAUAAGGAAACCUCUUUGAGGCCUGCCUAAACCUGUAUUUAGUAAACUUCUGAAGGCAAAAAUUAACUUGUUUUUGUUUAUCACCUUCAGCUCCAAAUUCUGCACAGAGUGGUCUUGGCUACUGUUUUAUCAUGGACAGAUUGUUUUAUUUCGAUUUUUAAAAAUGUAUUUGUGAUUUCAUUAUUAUCAUCGUAUCACUUUGAACUUCAUGGAAAAUUGUCUAAUAAUAUAGUAAAUGAAGCAAGUAGUUUAAAGCCUAGAUCUCCCAUAUAAGGUAUUUUCUUCCAAUAAAUAAUAAUGCUUAAUCAUAAACACCUGCAUUGUAAGUCCAUUGAUUUCAUUUGACCAUAAGCCUCUUGCCACCAAUGAGACCUUUUUCAUUCUGACAAGGGUUCCUGCCCUUCUGAAUUCUCAAUAAGGACAGAGGUUCUCCCUGAUGUUACCCUAAGUUUUGGAAGGGCUCUGAAAUCGCUGAGAUGUUGGAGCAUCUCUGAGGCUUAUCCGGACAGGGACAAACCUACCCCUUCUACCUUGGAGCUGGAAAGAGCUUGGGGACAUAACUCCCACAGUCACACUUCACUCAGGAGGUGACUGGAGUACCUUUCAAGCUUAGUAGGAAAUAUAUAAAAUCCCAUGCUUUCCAUUUGGAUGAAGGAAAGAGUUGGAGGUGGAUAUAAAUUUGUGUAUCCUUGAAUAUAAAGUGUGCUUAGUCUGCAAUAGUGUACAUUGUUGGAAUAGGUUGACAUGGGAAUAAGCCCCACUGAACAUUAUGGAACUUACUUUUUGUUUAAAAUAUUCUCAGUAUUGGGCUAUUAGAGCAUUUCUCAAAGGAUGAGUUGGGUUGUACUUGAGAGUGUGGAGCACCUGAAAGUGGAGAGUUCAAAGUUCCAGGUAUGGAUUGGAUUCUGAAGUACUUGGAGCCUUUCUUCCUCACCAGCCAAUAUCUGGUUGGGUUCUAUGCACUCAGUAAAGGACUACCACCAAUCAGCAUUAGAUUUGUACAGGGAAUGCAUUUCCUACUCCAUGAUUCCAAUUUGAUUUGGGAAGGAAGAGCUGGUCUUUGGAUGAAGCCAGAUGGUCUAUACUAUUUGUUUUUUUUCUAAUUACAGUGUUGGUGUUGGACCAGUAUAAGCAACUCUGUAUAGUAAUCUUCACACAUUCAAUCAGAUUGCAGUGUGGGGAGCACAUGGGAAAUUCAGAAAGUCUAGAAAGACCUUGCAGCUCUAAGUUGUACAUGCUUACUCAAAAGCAAACUGAGUUGCUUCCUACUGUUUUACAGUAGUCUAUUGACUGAUAACUCAAAAGUGUGAUGAGGUUUAGGGAUGGUAUAAUUUGUGGUGACAGAAUUAUCUGUAGACUAGGUAGCAAUGGCAUACUGAUUGUUUUUUAAGUUGACUUUAACUCUGUACAGUGUAAGAGUAUAAUGUUUCAGUUGAAAAGAAGCACAUUUGUAAAUGAAGCCUAACACCUUCCAAACUAAUAUUUAGAUACCCAGCCCUGGAAUCUUACACAUAUUUUCUUGGAAAUAAUCCACAUUGAGUUCAAUAGGCCCUAAUCACAAGUAAGUACAGCGGUACCUCGGGUUACAGAUGUUUCAGGUUACGCGAUUUCGGGUUGUGCACCGUGCUGAACCCAGAAGUACUGGAACGGGUUAUGGCACGCACGUGUGUGCAGAAGUGCUAAAUCUCGCUUUGCGCAUCUGCAGAAGCACAACCUGUGCGUGCACAGACGCGGCACUGCGGGUUGCGAACGUGCCUCCCGCACGGAUCACAUUCGCAACCCGAGGUUCCACUGUAUGUAUUGGAUUUCAGUUUUAAUGAAUGGCGGAUUUUUGUUGUUCAUUUUAGUGUGGCAAUACUAAUUUGCUUCUUCUUAAACUUAUUGGAAAUAAAUUUCUAAAACUGUCAAGUAAUCUGUUUGGGUCUGGGAUACCAAGUUACAACCCUGUAUUCAGGGGAUGAUCCUAAUAUUGGCCAGGCAGCAGCGGGGCUUAAUGGAAUAAUAGACUAUUAUUGCACCCGCAGCCCCCCCCUUCGCAUCAAGGACCUCUACAGCUGUGGCGUCUCCUCACCAGUGGAGCUCUCCUGGGCAGAGGGCCACCUGUGCCUCAUCUAGAUCUUCCAUCAUGGUUCAUCAGGGGUUUUGAUUGCUCUGCCCAGUGGACACAAAUUUACAGGAUUGCAGCUGCAAGCUAAGCAGUUUCAAGCACUUUGAAUUAAGAGGUGUUAGGAUAAGGUUUCAAACACUUCAAAUUAAGAGGUUUUAGGAUAAUACUAGUUUGCAUGCUAAUUUGAAAAGCCCUGGAGUCAUUUGUUGCAGUUAAGACUUGUAAGAACAGUCACAUUUUCACUAAUUACUAUUAGAGCUGCAUUGCAUAAAAAUACCUUUGUAUUUUUUACAUCCUGAAUGAGGUUAGAUAGUAAGGCUUCAACUAAAUAUAAGUUGAACUCUCAAAAAUCAGUUUAUAUGUGCACUCCCUCAUAUUGUAUGAAGCUUUGACUUUAAAAAUUGUAACACAGAGCAUGAUUUCUACACCUAUUAUUGAAACAGACAUUGAAAAGCUAUGAUGUCCCCAAAUUUCCAAUUUAUGUGGGUCUCUCUGAUAAGUAGAUGCAUGUAUACCCUAGGUUCCCUUGAGAAGAAGAGCAGGAUAUAAAUUAAAUUAAAUAAACAAAUAAACCCUUCUCGUUGUAUUUUUUUUUCAUGGGGCUGACUUUUAGGAACACUUUAAUUUAAGGAGAAAAUGCUCUUAACUCUUUCACUUCAAGAAGCAAUGCAAUUCUAUCCAAGCAUCAUAUUUGGCAGCGCUGUGGGUGAUAGCAACCAACAGAAGGGUUAAAUGUGGUGCUUUCAGGGAGUGAGUGACAACACAUUGGUUUUCUUCUCCUAGUUUCCGGCAUGAUAAUUAUUGAUACAUAUCCCACUAUCUAGCUCCGGGGCUCAUAAACUUUUUACCCCCCAGGGCUUCCUUGUGAAAGCUGAAAAUUAUCAGUUAGCAAUUACAUUGACAACACUUUCUGUUGAUUCUUUGCUGCAACAUUUUCCUUGUGGAGAGAAGUUCCAUAGCUCAGCUUUCCUGUAGCCAAGUAUAAAUAUUUUUCCUCCCAUUCUUUUGUCCUUCAAUACCUUCUUUUUCUUUUCCCUCUCUGAAAUGGCCAUCAUCUUUUCCUCCUGCCCACUGAACAUCUCUUGUUUCCUGGCCAUGUUCACUCAACAGGCAAAGAGUUGCUGUUGCAGACAUUAAUCAUAGACUCAUAGAAAUGUAGAAUUGGAAGGGACCCCCAAAAAAAUCCUGGACAGCUAAAAAUCCUGGACAGUUGGCCAAACAACUCUCUUUAAAAAAAUUCCAACUCUCUCUAAAAGCUUCCAAUGGAGAAGAGUCCCAUCACUUUCCAAGGGAGUCUCUUCCACUGUCAAAUAGCUCUUAUUUCCAGGAAGUUCUUCCUGAUGUUUGGUCAAAAGAACUGCAUGUUUAAGAGCACUUACACAGAACAAUAAUGCAAAUGAUGUUAUUUGUUAUUAUUGCCCUCAAAGAGCUCAAAGUAGUAUACAUGGUUCUCCCAUCUCAAUUUCUAUCCUCACAAGUAGACUAGUUUGAUAAUAAGGGGGUGACUAGACCAAGGUCACCCAGUGAUCUUCAUGGCUUUAGCAGGUAUCUCUCCUAGUUUGACAGUCUGACAACAUACAGUGGUACCUGAGGUUACAUACGCUUCAGGUUACAUUUGCUUCAGGUUACAGACUCUGCUAACCCAGAAAUAGUACCUCAGAUUAAGAACUUUGCUUCAGAAUGAGAACAGAAAUCAUGCUCCAGCGGCGCGGCGGCAGCAGGAGGCCCCAUUAGCUAAAGUAGUGCUUCAGGUUAAGAACAGUUUCAGGUUAAGAACGGACUUCCGGAACGAAUUAAGUACUUAACCUGAGGUACCACUGUAAUUUGUCACCGUACCUAGUGAUACAGAUUUUUUCCAAGUGUGUAUUUGUGAGAUCUGUUAUGGACUCAAUUAAGGUGCCUAUUUCUUUUAACAUUGGUUUACAACAUUAAUAAACAUUCAUUUUUAUCAUGUUACUAUAUAUCUCCUGUGUAUAUUCAUUACACUAAUAUCCACCAAGGAGCUCAGGGAAAUAUAAAGCGGUUCAUCAUUUUAUUCUCAUAGCAAUCUUGAAAAGCAAGUUAGACUGAGAGAUAAUGACUGGCCCAAGCUCAUCUAGCAGGAUUUCAGGCUGUGUUGUUGUUGUUUUUUUAAAAAAGGUUCUUCCCGGUCCUAGUUUAACCAUUUCCCCCAGUUUAUAUGCAUUAAUCAUUUCAACAUCCCAAAAUCUAGAAUAUGUUUUUAAUCAUAUAGUGCCCCCCCAUAACAGUCAUUAAAAUGCUUGCAGUGGAUCGCCAUAAUAAUCAAAUGCUUAUAAAUUGAGUAUUUAAUGGGGGGGAAAUUCUGGUCACUUUAAAGUAAGGUUGCUCAAGUGAGGCAGUAACUUUUUCAGUAAAAUGCUGUUUCAUGCCAUGUCAGCAUAACAUAAUGAAUCAGCAGCUCUUAACUAUUGCAGGCACUCAUUCAAAGCGUAUCUCUUCCCCCAUAAACGGGGAGGUGGUUGGGGUGGGGUUAGAUAGCCAACUGUCAUUUAUUAGCUACUGCUUCUUGUCUAUGUAAAUGUCCUAAGUGGACAGCUUUUAUCCCCCCAUAUUUUACACCAGUUGGGAAAUGCGUUGUCAACAAAAGAAAAUAUUUUUAGGUUGGAUUGUCAGAUGCAUCCAUCUUAAAUCUGUACACUUUUCUUCUUUGAAUACAGUAUUAUCCAGUUGCCUUUAUUCUGUUAGUUAACAUUGCAAUAAUCUUGCUUUAUAUUGGACAGCAAUAUUGCAUGGUGGAAACCUUUGUGUUGCAACUUAAGGCACUAUUCUUCUCCCUAGACACUAAUUAAUGAAAGUUGUGCAGUGUCUUUGUGGGGAAAAACACCAAUGUAUAGUUAAAUUAGAUCUUACCCAGUUCUGAAAUGGAAGUCUUUGCUUGUGUCAGUGUAGAUUUUCUGUUCAAGGCUUGGGCUCAGUAUAGACCUGUGGUUUAGUGGUAGCUUGAUUCUCAAAGUUACAACAUUAUAAACUAAUUCUUUCCUUCUUCUGAAACUUAAAUCUUUUCCAUACAUCAUACAAGAUACUUUCCAAAAAAUUAGGAAGACUUUUACUAAUUUUAUUUUAGUUUUAAAAAACUUUCCCCAAUGGUACAGGGAAGUAACAGCAUAUUUAUAAAGGUUUAACUUUACAAACUAACAUGUCCAUUUUUUUCACAUUUAUCCUACCUUUCGAUCCUAAUUCAGUCCUAAGCACUACCUUGGGGAUGUCUUACUAAGGAAGUUUUCAUAGCCUUCUGGUUUGUUUUACGUAUGUUUACAAUCUUCUGUGACUUAGAAUAGAGCAGGUUCAAAACACAGAUACAAUGUAGCACACCUUAUAAUUUGGGUUUUUAGCAAAGGCAGUCAUAAGAUGUUUUCCAAACAUGAAUGUGGGCAAUUGUGGGAUAUCCUGGCAACCAGAAUAUGCCUUUCCUAAGGGUAAAUACUGUUCUCAAUGUCCUGCAUGGAGGACUAGAUUUGUAUGCCUAUAGUAUAUGUGAAAGAACAACAACGCUUCUGUUCUGGAACAGCAUGCCUAGGGGCCAUAUUCAUUGAAAGCACUCAUUUGUGCUGGGUGGAAAACUAGAAGCUGUAAUGAUCUGCUCCCACUUUCUGAAUUUGUGUACCCACUUAACUUGUAUUGCCGAUUCAGUGUCUCCUUGUGGCUCCUGAGAUGUGUAAUACAGUGGUACCUCGGGUUACAUACACUUCAGGUUACAGACUCUUCUAACCCAGAAAUAGUGCUUCAGGUUAAGAACUUUGCUUCAGGAUGAGAACAGAAAUCAUGCUCCGGCAGCAGGAAGCCCCAUUAGCUAAAGUGAUGCUUCAGGUUAAGAACAGUUUCAGCUUAAGAAUGGACCUCCAGAACAAAUUAAGUACUCAACCCGAGGUACCACUGUACUUUCUAAUGUACCCUUUUCCUUGAAGUUUGGUGCAUGUGUGACUACUAAAGAUGUAGUGUUAGUUUUUUUAAUUUGACAUGUGGAAUUUCAUUAGGAUAUGAAGGCGGAAGUGUUCCCAAAGCUGACACUGACUGUUCUUCUAAGUCUGCAAUGAUCCCUCCACCCAGCUUCUGUAUCCUACACCAUUUUUAAUAUUGGAGCCCAUAAAUUUAAAAGAGCAUUCAUUCUGUUUGCUUCCUCAACAGACCUGUUUGUUAAAGUUCAAGUUACAUUUGUACAGACUCGCUCAGGCAAUGCGGUUGCACAAUUUACCCUGCAUAAGCAGAAUGUAUUUAGCUAGAGAAAUACACAAGGAAGAAAUGACUCAGCUUGACAAAAAAUUCAGGUAUGAUGACUCCUUCAAUGUGAAGUUCUGCCCCACUCCUUAUGCAGUCUUGUAAACUGAGCACAUUUUGAUGGAGACAGGUGAUAAGAAAUAGCUUGCUGUUUUUCAUAAUUAGGCUUAAAAGAGCUGAUAUUAAUAUUGCCAUCCAGUGGAGGGAAUGGCUUGGCCUUACAGUGAUUCAAGAGCUACAGUUGGUCAAUCCAUUUAUUAGGUAGUUGGUAAACAGCUUGGAUUUUACAAACUUUAUCCAGUGUCCAUAAACAAGAAGCCAUCACAGAUGCUAAGGCACUGGUGUACGAUGCCAUUGAAAACCCAAGUCUGUCAAGAGAUUAGCUGCUAUAUUUUGCACCAGAUGAAGUUUAUGAAUCUUAUGUAGAACAUUUUACAGUAACAUAGUCCUGCAGUUAGAAAGAUAUGCAGCUAGUUUACCAGCUUUUGAGUGAGUUUCAGCCUUCUGUCUCCAGUUAUCAGGCAGAGUUGGUGAAAGAAUCUUCUGUCAAAGAAAACAUGGGCUGAAAAGUGUUAUGUUGUGAUACUUUUUAAAUUAACAUUUUCAUUAAACAGAAAAUUGAAGGGAGCUAGUAAUUAGAAGCAUUUUUGCAUUAAAUUUAUGCAACUUCUGUUAUAUACCAAAUGAAAGUUCUGCUUAGGGUGUGGGUAGAUGAACUGUGAUCUACAUCUUCAGUGGUUUGAAACUUCCUUUUUUCAGUCUACGUAGCAAAUUUCCUAUGUACAUUGUUAGCUUUGUACACAGUUACAACUACCUUAGAUGGUUGUGGUUUUGUGUUUGGCUUUUAUGUGUGUGGUGAUUUAAAAAACCCAACAAUACUCAACUUGAUCUUAACAUUUAAAAUAGAACUACUACUACUACCACCAUAUAUGUGUCAGUUAUUGGUCACAACAAAAAUAAAUAAAAGCAUUGAAACAACAGAAUAGAACAGAUAUACAGCAUACAUGUACUUGAAUAGUGAUACAUCUUUGCCUCAGACCACAAAUCAACACACUGGGUAAUCUAAACUAUCCUAACUUUUUAGAGGAUGAAAAUGAUCGUAAGCAGGGAGCCAGGCAGGCCUCCUGGCAAAGGCCUUUCAGUUGGAUUUUUAAAAUCGUAACAAUAUUUAUUUACUGUUUUAUCAUAUAUCACACUGGUUUACAACAAAAUGAAAAUAUAAAACCAAACAAUAAAAUCGUGAAAAGUGAAAAUAAAUUCAAAACAAAUUAAAUUUAUGCUUGCGGGAGGCAGUGGAAGACAGGAGUGCCUGGCGUGCUCUGGUCCAUGGGGUCAUGAAGAGUUGGACACGACUAAACAACAACAAAUUUUAUGUUGUUCACCUGAUUAGGCCACAUAUGCAGGUUAUAAAAUGCAUCUAUUAAUAUUUGACAGUUUUGUUUAGUGGUGACAUAUCUUCUGCAAUGUUUUUUCUUGGUUUAGAUUCCUUUAACUUUAUGGUGUUUUGUAUUAUUGAGCAUUCUGUAAAAAAACUUUUCCUUUAUCUCAGGUGUGAAGAAUAGAAGCAUGUUCCCUCUGAGAUCUUCAUCCACAGACGUGAUACAGAAUGUCUUUAAGUGAAAGGAACAGUGUGGUUUUUGCAUAUGAAUCUUCAGUACACAGUGCCAAUGUUCUGCUUAGUCUUGACGAACAGAGAAAGCAAGACCUUUUUUGUGAUGUUACCAUCUUAGUGGAAGACCAGCGAUUUCGGGCCCAUCGCUCUGUGCUUGCAGCCUGCAGCAAUUACUUCCGUUCAAGAAUUGCGGGUCAGUUGGAACCUGAUCUUAUUAUUUUACCUGAAGAGGUAAGUUCUGCUGCUGCUGCUAGCUCACUUCCUAUGUAUGCUAUUCUAUCUACUCACAUGUUAAAAGAUGUUGUUCCUGCUCAAGGUGGUGUAGAUAUUACAGUUAGUGAAAGCAUACAAGUGAUGUUUAGAAUUACUAUGUCAAGCAGCCAUAGAAUGAUUUUCUGGGAGGGCAGAAAACCUUCUGUAUUAGUAUUAUUGAUUUGACUUAGUAGUUGCCUAUUACAGAAAUUCUCUUAAGCAACUUACAAGAAGGUUAAACGUCAAAAAGCAAUGACAUGAAGAACAUCAUUAUUAUUGAAGUUAAUUAAUUAAUUUUGUAUACUGGCCUCCAUCUGUACAUCUCAGGGAGGUUCACAUCGUAAAAGUACAAGGUAAAAACACAAAAUAGAUUAUAAGAUACAUUUCAAUAAAACAGUACACUAACUUGCAAGCAGACAGACUACUAACCAACAUGUCACAUUCUGUCAAAUGCCUGGGAGAACAGAUAUGUUUUAAUGUGGUGCUUGUUUAUUAUUCCAAGAUUAUAAAGUCUAUGAAUACUUUGUGCCCUUUAUGACAUAAAAUAGAGGAUGAUCCAAUCUCCUGCCACAUCUUUCCCUCACUAAUUUCUUCCUCCACAUGCAGAGAAGUUUGGAGGACUCAAAGAGCUUCAUGUGCAUAUUUUCAUGCUCAUGGUUAACUAGAUUAUCCCCUUCAGUUUAUAUCAAGUGUAAAUCUGCAGAUAAUUGCAUCAGCCACUCCUUAUUUCAGGGGUGUUUGAUACAUCUGUUUUCUCACAAUAUUGACAGUUUCUUUUCCUACUAAAGAUACAAAUACAGGCUCACUCAUGUUGAAAGGUUCUGAGUUUAUAAGGAAGAGCUAAACAGAAACCUUCAUGAUUCCCAGACAACCAUGUAAACAGUUCUCUAGAAUAACCACAAUUACAUUAAUUCUGAAACUGACAAAAAGAACUUCUCUUGCUAUGCAGUCCUUCUACAUGCACUUCCUCUAUUUUCUUCCACUUGAAUUUCCAUUUCUGUAGCUCCUCAAUGUAAAUUUUUCUCUUUCCGUAAAAGGGGAAAAAAAGUAUAUAGAAUUCCUACAACAAAUGUAAUAGAUGGUAAGCCAUCGUUUGCUUGUGUCUUGAACAGUCUUAAGUGUGUUGCAUCCUGGUGUAGUGUCCUGUUCUACAGCUAACUUCUUUUUUUGAAUACUCUAGGAGCCUAAAAACUAAUACAGUGGUACCUCUGCUUACAAACACUUCGGGUUACAGACUCCGCUAACCUGGAAGUAGUACCUCGGGUUAAGAACUUUGCCCCAGGAUGAGAACAGAAAUCGUGCGGCGGCAACAGCAGGCCCCAUUAGCUAAAGUGGUAUCUCAGGUUAAGAACGGUUUCAGGUUAAGAACGGGCCUCCAGAACUAAUUAAGUUCGUAACCAGAGGUACCACUGUACGAGAUUUGGAUUAUGUGUUCAUGUACAGUUUAGCCACUAUUCUCCCCAAGAAGUAUAAUCCAGGCAAAGUAGUGGGUGUGCGUCAGUCAAGCCACCAGUGUCACAAUGCUUGUGGUACCCUAUAAAUCAUCGCUGUGGCAUCUCCAACUCCUAGAAAUUGUCCAUGCUUUUCUGUAAUAAAAACAUCCUUCAUACAGCAGAGAUAGCUUAGUAAUAGCACUAGGAAAAAACACCAUAGGGAUCAAUAUCUGUAGUUUUACAAAUCCAUUAUAUUCCAAAUGAAUUUACUUUAAAAUAUUAACAGAAUGCAUUGAAUUAAUUUAGGGCUUGGUCUAAAGGUACAUAUUGCUGAAGUGAAAUCUAUUUCAAGAUCCAUAUCCUUUUUGCAGCAAAGAUGUGUGAAACAAAAAUAGAUUAUCCAUCUGCUUUUCAAUAAUUAUUAUUAAAUUUUGCAUGUUUUAAUAUCAGUUUUGCAUUUUGGCUGAACAAUUCCAGGGUUUCCUUUCAUGGAGGAAAUGUGAUGUGUUGGCAUUGACUCAAAAGUGGAAUACACACAAACACACACACACUCCUCCAUAGUCCCACUUUUGUUACUCAGUUAGUUUCCAAAGAAUGUGAGUACUAAAUACCUACUCCUAAUGGGCACUGAAACAUAGUGGUACAUGGCCAUCACAGACCUCCUCCAUUCUUUCCCCCUCAGAUCUUAGAGCAGCAAUGGCUGCACGUAGAAUGAGUUCCUUAUUUCAGCCCCUUUGAGCAUGUUUCUUUCCUUUAUACUGCAACUUUACCACCAUGUUUGCAUUCCACGUAAUGUAUUGAUAUUUUCACAAAACCCAAUGAAACAUCUGUGUAAUAUAUGUGUGUUCCAGGUUACCAGUUUUGCAUGCUUAGACUUCUAGUCUUCAGCUUCCAAUCCUUCAACUAUUUUCAUUAGUCUGGUAACAUCAAUCUCUAGUACCUCUCCUCAUUACUUCAUUCUUCACUCUCUUCAUACCUGCUUUAUUCUUUUCCUUUGCACGUGCAUGCAUAUACUAUGUGUUUGGCUGAAGUUACAAGAUUCAUUGCUCUUUCAGAAGCAUUUUAGUAUAACAUUGCAUAGGAUAAGUUGGAAUACCCUAUGUAUAAAAAUGGAUUUUCAGGACAGAUUGUGCCGAGGUACUUUAAGAGUGAAAAUACUUCUAUAAAAAGCUGUAAGAAGUGAAAAAUAAAAUGCAAUCUGAUUACUAUUCCUUUGUAGCCGCAAAUAACUUUAGGUGUUGAGCCACCAUGUAACAAAUGUACCUAUACAGAAUUUAUAGCAGUUCUACAAAACGUUAUUUGUAAUAAAAUUCUGUAUAGUCAAAGUGUCCUGCCAAAUAUGCAUUUGUUCUUUUAUUGAAAGUUUUGAUUGAUUCUCUUCUUAUAUUUUCUUUUUUUAAAAAAAUAAUAUUUAUUACUUUCCAACAAAUUAGACAUUACAUAAAAAAAGAAAAUAAACAAUACAAUACAAAAACAAUACCUAACACUAAACUAACAAAAACAAUUUAAACUAAAAACAAAAACAAAAGCAAUUUAAAACACAUCAAAUAGUUUCAAUCUUUCAUUCACUUGUUUCCAUGACCUCCUCACACCUCCCUUUUUGUAUUCCACUUCUAUUAGUUGUUUCAGCAAUUCCUUUCCAUCUUCCUCUGCUUUCUAUCCUAGAUUCUCUUCUUAUAUUUUCUAGUGUACAUUGUAGCAUUUGUUUGUCUAGCAAUGAGGCUGAGAGUAAGCAAGCCAAAAAUAAGCGUGGUUAUUUAUAAGCAGUUUUAAUCAUAACUUGUUAAUGGUUCACAUUGCUAAAUUUUCAUACAAGUGUCAUUUUUGUCUUUUGCAGGUUAGAAAUUUAACAUGCAUCAUUUUGCUCUUCUUCCCUGCAACAGGUAACACUAAAUGGAUUCGAACCUUUGCUUCAAUUUGCAUACACUUCCAAACUUAUUUUAGAUAAAGACAAUGUGGCUGAAGUCUGCAAGUGUGCAGAGUUUUUGGGAGUUCAUGACAUUGAGGAAUCUUGCUUUCAGUUUCUUAAAUUCAAAUUCCUGGACCAUAAAUCCGGCCGGCGGGAAUAUCUCCCCCAAAAAUGUUGUAAACAGCGCUGUCAGAAAGAGCUUCGUAAAAUAGAUGCUGAUGAUGGGGCUCUAGAAAUAGAUGGUGUGGAUGACAUUUUACAAAAUAAACGCAUUCAAACUCCUCAGUUGAAUGCCUGCAAAAAUGAACAAAAUUUGGAAAUGUCUAUUCUGCAAGAUAAUGCCAGUCAGACCUGUGAGUCUGUAUCAGAAAGGAGUCAUGUCUUUGGUUUAGAGUCCCUAUAUCCCAAAUACAGGAAGUUCCAAAAAGCUUUAGGAAAUGAUAAAGUCGCUAUUGCGGAGUCCAACUCCAGUAUUAAAGAGAUUGCAUCCGUUCAUCAGACUGAAUCAAAUACUACUGGUGCUAUAAAGAAAUCUCUUGACUGUGCAGCUGUGCAGCCAGUCACAAAAUGUGAAGAUACUCAGGUAGAGAUGGAAGAAGAUGGGAAAGAAGAGUUCAUAAAAGAGACAACCCCUCUGUUCCAAAGUAUUGAAUGCUCUGUGGAGAAGAUGGAUUCUGCUUUUGCCCCCCACAAUUUUUCUGUUGCCACUCAUGGACUUUAUUCUGCCUCUUUCAUAAAUGCAUACGAUCAAUGUUGUAAUUUGACUUUGAGUGGUAUGCAGAGCAAUACAGAGGUAGCUGAAAAAAAUGGCAUUGUUUCCAGAGCUGGAAGUUGCAAAUCAGUGAAUGAAAACGUUGAGGGCCCAUCUUUGAAAUCUCAUUUGUGCAACAGAGAAAAUGUGAACAGCAGUUCGCCUAGCAAUCGCAGCAGUGUGGAGAGAGAGAUAGCAGAACAGCUAGCAAAAGGAUUUUGGAGUGAUGUUUACAGCACAGAUCCAGCGUGUCAAGUCAGCUUGUCUCCUGCAUCAUCGAAAGACUUUACAGAGCAGGUCUGUUCCGAAAAGAAAACUGAGUGCCCAUGGUUAGGUAUUAGGAUCAGUGACAGUCCUGAGCAUGGCCCUCAAAGAACUUUUACAACUUUGAGCUCCGUCACUUGCCCCUUCAUCAGUAAUCUUGGAACUGAAAACAGCACUGAUAAUAAUAGUGGAGACUGUGUUCCAGAACAGCAAUCAGAUCAGUGCCCUUACACCUGUGUGAUAAACCUGGAAGAAGAAUCCGAAACUGAUACAGAAGGAGAUAGUGAAUCCUGUUCUGCCAGAGAACAAGAAUGUGAGGUGAGAAUGUACAAAGUAUCCCCUUUUCUGUCUUAAAAGUUGCAUUUUAUAAUUCAGAGAGCUCUUUCACUUUAUUACUGGAAAGUUUAAAAGAAAGCUUAAGAGUUUCCUCCCCACUUUAAAACGAACAAACGUUUCAUAUAAUGACAGCUUUGUUUGCAAUCGUAAAUGAAUUUGUUUAGGAAGUAAAUUCUGUUGAAAUGGGUUGCGUAAUUGUGCUAAUUUUGCACUUGCAACACCUGCCUUAAGAAGAAUAUUAGGUUUUGAAAGAUGAAAUGGCUGUUGGGAUUGAAGAAACACUUUUAUUUUUAGACUUAGUUUUCCACCAUGCAUACCUGCAACUAAAGGUACUUCCCCAUAACUGGUUCCAAGAUAAUAAUCACCAGAACGGAAUUGUCACUGCCUAGGGCUUGCUGAUCAGAAGGUUGGCGGUUCAAAUCCCUGCGACGGGGUGAGCUCCCGUUGUUCGGUCCCUGCUCCUGCCAACCUAGCAGUUCAAAAGCACGAAGUGCAAGUAGAUAAAUAAGUACCGCUUUGGCGGGAAGGUAAACAGUGUUUCCAUGCGCUGCUCUGGUUCGCCAGAAGCGGCUUAGUCAUGCUGGCCACAUGACCCGGAAGCUGUACGCCGGCUCCCUUGGCCAGUAAAGCAAGAUGAGCGCCGCAACCCCAGAGUCGUCCGCGACUGGACCUAAUGGUCAGGGGUCCUUUACCUUUAAGCACUGUAACACAGUACAAUUGAUACUGGAUUCUGGUAUGAAAAUGUCAGUUUUGCAUAAUUUCUGUCCUCUAUUGAAAUAUUUUUGUUGAACAAUUAGAUAUUUUAUUGCAGCUAAUGUAAAUUGCUUUCCACAAGCCACACAAAAUAGCAUUUGUGAUCGUAUUCCCAACCAGAUUGCAUGGUGGUUUCUCAAAAGACUCCAUUUUCAAAAUUUGGGAUCAUGCACAGGCCACACUUACUCUGGAUAUAAAUACGGGUCAUUUUGUAUUGUGCAGCGGCUGCCUUACUAACAUCUGUCUGCACAGGUGGAUGUGAACCAUUGAACUUUUUGGCUUCCAGGCUGCCCAGUACUCUUGCAUGCUUUCUCUAAAGGUGUCUAGGCACAGCUCCUGUUCUGCACAGGCAUGCUCUUGAUAUAAUGUGAUCAAUCUCUUAUCAUCACCCUCCCAACCACAGACUGGACCAACCUAGGUUCUACUUAGAACAGCACUGUGGUUCUCCCACGUACUUUCUCUUAACUGAUUAUUGAAUUCCCCUGUAUUCAGUUUAGUGAAUUGAACGGUGACAAGCAAACCACCCCUACAGCUUGAUUCCGGAGAUUGGCUAUACAUUCUAAUUGUUCACAUAUCAUGCACAGUAUGGCUUUCUAAAGUGGAGCUAGGUUUUGACCACAUCAAUAUUUUCAAGGUGUUUGGUCUUCAUCUUUGAAGAACCCUGCUCCUCUUAAAUUCCUCUCAUACUUAACAUACCGUAUUCAGAAUGGCUAAUAUUCAGACCUGCUGAAAAGGUUUAAAUUAACUUCAUGUUUAAAUGCUCGUGUUCCUCACUUUUUGCUAAGGAUUGCUACUUCAAAUGCCAGACAUUUAUACAGAAAUUCCUCAUUAUUUCAGAUUUAGUUAGCUAAAAUACCAUUCCUUUCCAUGUGCUGCUCUAAAUAUUAGCACUAUAAGCAUACAAAGUAGUUGUGUUUCUUUCUGAAUGUGACUCUUAAGGUGAUUAGAUAUAUAUUUUAACUUUUAUUAAUGUACCAAUCAAUUAGAAAGCAAGUAUUGAGAUUGUUUUUGCUGUGUUUUGGCCUUGUAACCAUUCACGUAAAAGAUUGCACUAGGACAUGGGUUUCCACAUUUUGAAACACAGUAGAGUGUGCAAAUUUCUAAAGCUAUAUUUACUUUCCAGGUAAAGCUGCCAUUUAAUCCACAGAAGAUAAUUUCUCUUUCUAGAAAUGACUUUCAGUCAUUUCUAAAAAUGCACAAAUUGACGCCAGAAGAGCUGGACUGUAUCCAUGAUAUUAGAAGGCGAAGUAAAAAUAGAAUUGCCGCACAGCGCUGUCGUAAGCGAAAGCUAGACUGCAUACAGAACCUUGAGUGUGAAAUAGAAAAACUGGUAUGUGUGAAAAGCAUUUUUAAACCUACAUUUUCAAAAGAAUCCUGGAUCAUUUUUGCCACACCUGUAGAUUCCUUUCAUCAUGGUUGUAAGUUUUCAGAGAGAGCUGUAUUGUUGAGCAGCCUGAGAUCUUUCUGACUCCCAUUCUCUUUCUACCCCCACCUGAACUGCAACUAUAGCAAAGUGUCUGAUGGGCAGUAAGUAGCUGGAGGGAGAAGCUGUGUACACGGAGGUGGCAGUGCAGAACUGUGCAUUCCAGAGAUGAGCUGGCAACCUGCAAGGAGAAGCUGAGCACAAUAAGGCUGCUGCAUUGAUUCCCUCCUGUCAGGCUAGCCACCUACUUCAUUUACAGCCAGAGCAGUAGCUGUACCACAGCCACCUUCACCAUCUGUUUUUGCGUGUUCAUUGCUACACUGCUUUCUGCUAAGCAGUGUCAGGGAGCUGCUUUAAGAACAUAAUGGUAGCAAUGUAUGGAGGAUUGUGUGUUUUCUCUCUUUCCAGGCUCUGGAGCGGCCUUUCUCAACCUGUGGAUCCCCAGAUGUUGUUGAACUACAACUCCCAUCACCCCAGCUAGCAAGGCCAGAGCUCAGGGAUGAUGGGAGUUGUAGUCCAACAACAUCUGGGGACCUGCAGGUUGAGAACCACUGCUCUGGAGGUUGUGUUUCUUUUAGGGAGAUUGAGGUCAUGUUGCCUCACCAAUAGCAAUUGUAUCAGUGAUGGGGGAAAUUCUGUGAUAGUCAAAGUGUGUCUUUUAAAAGGGUUAGAAGGUCUCAUCCUGUUGCCUCCCCAGUAAACCUGAUGAGUCUUUUCUUACUUCUUGAAAAACUUUACAUUUUUUUCUGGUAUCUCUAUAGGGUAUUGUAGGGGAUAAUAAUAACCUUACUGGCGGCAAGUAUCUUGAUGGAGGGAAUUUUGAAAAAUGUCCUGAAAAUCUCUUUAGUGCUGCUGUCUUUCUGUUUCUGAAUGUGUGUUGGAUCUGAGGUGCAUAUUUGACCCUGGUGUUUGUUAUGUGGUGUCAUGCCAACAAAACAAAUUGCUUUACAAGGCAGUGGUGAUUCGUAAUUCUGCCUAGAACCAGGAGUCCCUGAGUCAUUUGUAGUAAAGAUGCCAUUUACUGUAGCAAGGGCUCUUUCAUCCAGAGUACACACUUUAUCAGAGACAAAAAGACACUUCUAAUCCACACUGGCUAACUAGUGUUGCAUUUCUUCCCAUUUUUAUUCAUACAUCUUAGAAGUGAAAAUCAUAACGAUAUGCUACCCUAUUACUUUAUAAAUAUCAUUUACACAACUGAUUGUUAGAACACAAUUAUGCUAUUAAAGAGAGAAGCUGCUGGAAACAUUAGUAAGUAACUGAGUACCCAAGUUUUGAAACUUGACUGUCGAUUGACUAUUUUGUACCACUACUUCUUGUUGUGUAUGCUUCUUCAACCCUAAGUAUAUGUAGCUAUCUUUGUAGAGCCUACUGCUAUGGGAAAUCUGGAUUAUUUCCACCCACCUAAUAGCUCUGUGUUGGACCAUCAUAAACAUGGCUGCUAAUAAAGUGCCUAACACGUCCUUUCUGGUACAAACACAUUAACAUAGGGCUGUAAGCUUGUAGACUAUGUUAUUGUAAGUCUUUAAAAUAAAAUGCAGUAGCUAAAAUUAGAUUUCCCUGCUUAGUUUACCUAGUUGUGUUUGUGAAGGUGUGCUUCCUCCAGUUGCUUAUGUGAAGUGGUCCACAGAUUACCGUAUUUGGUCUGAUACUAAUCAUGUCCGAAAAUUCCAUCAUUUACAUAAGUGAAGGAGCAAGAGUCUAGGAAACAUUAAGAGACAUGGGUAUCUUCAGACAGAACAGCACUCUUCAGCAUGCUGCAUUUUGUCCAAGGGAUUACAGUUAUCUACACUGCUACCUUUAAAUGGAUUGAAAGUUCAGUGUAUCACCCUUUCACAAAUAUAGCCAAUUAGAUUGCUGAAUUAGACCACUUGAAUUAAAGCUGCACAUAAGUAACAUUCUGGCUUUACUUUUGAGCUGUGAUCAUAUUCCCACCUCCUUUGGAACCACAUUGAACUCAGUACUUGUAUGUAUGGGAGUAGCUAUUAGUAUUGUUUUAACACUGUUCUUGAACUUGUGUUACAUUUCAUUUUAAUUUUUGCAAAUGAGUACACAUCAAGCCAUCUAGUGUCAUCUAUUAUUGUUUUUUUCUAAACUAAUCCACAUACCUGGAAGUACAAUUUAACUUUGAUUUAAAAAGUAAAAUAAAGCUGCACAGUGCAUUUCAGAAUAAAGCAUACUGCAUUUCAGAGCAAAGUACCAAACUUAUAACUCUUUUGUUUUUCUGUAGCAAAAUGAAAAAGAGAACUUGCUGAAGGAGAAAGAUCAAAUUUUGUCAACACUGGUUGAGACAAAGCAGAAUCUGACAGGACUUUGCCAACAAGUAUGCAAGGAAGCAGCACUGAGUCAUGAGCAAAUACAGAUUCUUGCAAAAUAUUCUGCCUCUGAUUGUCCACUUUCGUUUUUGAUCCCAGAGAAGGAACAACCAGCACCAGCUGAUGUUAUGUCUGCAACGCCACUGUGUGUAGAAUUAUCUGCAGGUCUUUCUGUUGCAUCAACAAAUGAUUAGAGUUCCAGUUACCAAAAUAUAAAAGGAGCAUGUGAUACAGAUAUGAUCAAGCACAAAAAAUUGUCCAGUUCCUGUUAUAAUAUCUGAGAAAACAUUGUGUCCAAAGAGGUGUGCAGAACAGUAUUGGUCUUGCCAGUUUUCAUCACUGAAUGACUUGAUAAAUGCACUACAGAAAAACCGUAUUUUUGUCACACUCGUACUAUCAGGGUUAAAAGAUUGGUUGCUUAGGAGGAAUAGUGUGCAUCUGCUUAUGCUUAACUAUCCACCAUUCUCUGUGAACCCUAAAAGUAAUUAUGGGCUUCUCUUUCUGACAUGUGAAGGAGCUGUUGUGCAGUUUAGAGGCUUUAGGCUGCCAGUGCCAUAUGAAUCAAAAUAACUGGAAAAAUUUGCCUUCUUAAAAAUUCCCUCAACAAUCCAGCCUAGAUGUGUUUCAAAUGAAUAAAUGCAUCUGGUGACACAUCUUUGGGAAUAGUGGGUCAUUUCAUUAGAGGCUUUCCCCAUUCUUGGCAUGUUGUCCUUCCAUGCUCUCUAAGGGUGGAACCCAGUGCUGCGACAGGGGGGUUCUGCUGACAUAGUGGGCCUCUUGUUUCCUUUCCUCCCCCAAACACCCACCAAAUCUCCUUGGGGGACUGGAGGGGACAGGAGAGGAAAUUCCAUUUUAUCCCUCGGGCAAAAGUCCUUAGGCAUUGUUGGAUACUGCCCCCAAUACUUGAGGUUCUGCUUGACAUAACAUUUGUGCUUCUUGCUUGGGAUUUGAUAAGUGGUUAUAAGGAGAAUUAAAAUGAUCAAGUAUUCUAGAAGGAUUUCAGCUUUUACUAUUAAUAGUGGGACCAGUUCGGAUGUAUUUAAAAACUAUUCUCUUAAAUGGAUAGUUAAUUUAUAUUCAGUUUUCAUUGUCUUGUUCUUCACUUAUAAAAAUAGAAUCACUUCGAUUCUUCAAUAGUUCUAACUAUUAAAAAUAAGCAAAUAGAGAAUUUUAUGGUAGGCUUCUCUGCAUUGUAUUAAUUACAGAAAAUCCAUAUAAAAUCUGUAAUUGCUCUUAAUAACAGAAGCUUUAUCUACAGAACCUCAAAUAUUUUGCUGGUUUACAAAUGCAAAAGCCAAUGGAAUUCUUCAUUUCCUACCUCAAAACAGGCAUCUGUUUUUAUACCUAUGUUUGGAAUAUGAUCAUCUUUCUAUAACUGCUUUGCAAGAUUUUAGCAUAGUAGAUCUGCUAUUUCUUAACAUGCUAAGAUAUUGGUUAAGUUAGUGUUGACUUUAGCCUCUAGGAAAGUAAAAUUGCAUUUUAUAAAAUAUAAUGCGAACAUACAUGGGGAACAUUUGGCCAAAUACAUAAUCUGAACAGUACUUUUAAUAACCAGCAUGUAUUACAAAAACUACACUACCUCACAGAAUGAUUUCAAGAUCAUUCAAAGCUGCAGUGGUAUUCAUAAAUACUUGUCACGAAUUAGCAUUAUGAUUUACACAGCUUACAGACUUUUGACUUCAUUGUGGAAGUUCCUCUAUAAGUUCAUUUGUUUUCUUUUGUGUAUGCUCAAUUCCAUUGUGAUAAUUUUAGGGAAGGAUUCUAGCAUUUUGGGUGUUGUGUGCGUUUAAUAAGGCACUUACUCUUGAAAAGUGCACAUAACUUCUGUCCUAGGAGUCAUAUGCUUCAACUUCCUUCUUGAUCCACCCUGUUUCUUUCUGACAAAUCAGUUAGCAGUGCCAAAUUUGUUUAGGCUUAUAAUGUAAAAAUUAUACUUUAAAGAAGUAGCUCUGUUUUGAAAGGAUGUAAUAUUGACACAAUUGCUUUUGAAAUACAGCUAAGUGUCAAUACUGUAAACUAAAUUGUAUCUGUAGGGAACUGGAUUUUCUAUGGGCUGGCUAGUGUUGAGGUUGACAGGGACAGUCUGGCUUAAGUCUCUGUCUCUCAAAAGCCAACUAACAAAGAGUCUGGAAGACUGGAUUAUUGUCCAGUAGAGCAGUGCAUCAGAGCUUGCGCUGCAUUCUUGCUGUUGGUUAAUAAAUUUACUGAGUGGUAUUCAACUAGUUUUACUCUCUGUCAAUUUGUUGAAAUUAAUGGAGCUAACAUAGUCAUGUUUGCUAAUUUCUUCGGGUCUAUGUUAAGUAAAACUUAAUUGAAUACCACUCAUGGUCUGUGAAUUGAAGCUCCAGGUUCAGUUCACAUUUUUAUAGGAAUUGUUAAAUAUGCUCAGUUUCUAAUACCUAAUUGAAAAAAGGAGGUGGUUUAAUACCUAAUCAGCUACCUCUAGGAAAGUUUGUACAGUGAUGCCUCAGGUUGUGUGCAAACACUGAACGGCUAAAACAUCAACUUGCAAAUAUUGGAAUGAACUUCAAUGGCAAUUUUAAUAUACAAGACUCUCAGGUAAAAUGUGUAUUUUUUUUUAGUUUCAGCCAAGAACAUUCAGUUUUGAACUUGUAAUAUAUUUGCAUCAAGGCAUGUCAAAAGUAGUUUAAAAUAUUUUGGGCAAAUUGUUAGGUGUUCUAACAACAAAACAGCAUCAAGAUUGUAAAAAACGACUCUCCAUUAAUUACAAUUGAUUUUAUAUCUUUCAUAGUACAGUGUUUUCUAAUGCAAUAAAAACCACUACCCUUUCUAAGGAGGUCUUCAUUUUUGUAAAAUUUUGGCAUUGUAGAAUUGAUGCAUACUGAUUGAUUCAUUUAGUACUACUAAAGCUGAACUCUGGAAAUAACAUUAUUUAUACAGUUUAUAUAAUAUAUUAAAGCAGCAAAUAUUACUGGAUUGGAAUAAAACUCCUAAAAACUCACUUUCCUGAGUCUCAUUCUUAACUUGGAGAAACAAACAUAAUUUGUUACUGUGGUUAAGCUUUGGGUCAUAAAACUAUCUGUUUCUUAGGAAGUUUCUGAAAUCCUUGCUUAUAAGGGCUUACUCAUACAGUGACGUAGUUCAGACAUAGAAAAAACAUGGUUUCAUGCCAUGUGAAUUAAGGCACCUUGUGUGGCUGUAAAGAGAUUAUAAGGUUUUGCUUCCACUUUUAAACAAAACACAAUUCCUUUUUAUGCUCCUCUGCUUUGUUUAAACCAAGAAUGUGGAGCUUCUUUCAGUCUCAGAGCUGCUUUUCCUCAUGGGUAAAUUGGCAAUCUUCCAGGGGUGGGUAUGUCCUGAUUUUUUUUUUUGAGGAAGGGGGUAAAAUGUAAAGGGAAGGGAAGGGAAUUAGCAGUGGGGUGAUGGGUAACACGAGCAGGAGCACAUCCCUGUGUUCUUAUAUUACAGUGGUACCUCGGGUUAAGAACUUAAUUUGUUCUGGAGGUCUGCUCUUAACCUGAAACUGUUCUUAACCUGAGGUACCACUGUAGCUAAUGGGACCUCCCGCUGCCGCUGCGCCGCCACAGUGCGAUUUCUGUUCUCAUCCUGAAACAAAGUUCUUAACCCAAGGUACUAUUUCUGGGUUAGCGGAGUCUGUAACCUGAAGUGUCUGUAACCCAAGGUACCACUGUACUUUGUAAUACAGGCAACUCCCAAUUUACAUGGGCGUUACAUUCUAAGGCACCACUCAUUUAAGUGAAAUCACAUACAUUUGAAACACCAUUGAAGAAGCCUGCAAACAUCCCAUUCCGCUCCUGUACUGCCCCAUUCUGUCCCUUUGUGUGAUGUCACUUUCAGAUUCGAUGUGAUGUGUGUAUGUGCAGUUGUGCACAUAUAGAACGCUUGUAGAUUAAGAGUUGCCUGUAGUUACAAACUGGUUGAAAGGUGGGAUAUAAAUUUGCCGAACUAAAUCAUGCCUGGGCACACCUGAAAUCCAUAUGCUGAUGUAAUAUAUUAUUGUGCAUAUAAUUCAAACCUUACCCCUCCAAGUGUAGGGUGAUUGUGUUUUAAUUUAUUUUGAUUAGUCUCCACCUUUCAUAGAACCAUAGAGUUAGAAAGGACUUCGGAAUUCAUAUAAUCCAGUCCACAGCUCAGUGCACGAUCUGCAUUGCAGGAUGCAAUGACAGCAUCCCUGACAGAUGGUAAUCUAGCCUCUUCUUAAAUACUUGCAGCAAAUGAGAGCCCAUCAACUCCCCUCCAUUACUGAAUGGCUCUUAGCAUUGGGAAACUUCUAAUGUUCAGCUGCCAUCUUUUAAACCAUUGGUUCUAGAUAUGUCCUCUGGAGCAACAGAGAACAAGACUGCUCCAUGUUUUGUGUGAUAGCCCUUCAGAUAUUUGAAGACCACUAUGAGGAUUCCCUCCUCACUUAAAUCUCUUCAAGCCAGUCAAGUUAGUUGGACAUCUAUGAAAGUUAGAAAGCAAAAUGUGGAGGCAGCAUUCUAAGACUGACUUGGCAGAUCCAGAACUACUGCUGUUGCUAAGCAAGCAGAGGGAAGGAAUGUGAGGCAUAUCCUGCAUCUUCCAUAAUAAAAUGAUUUGCUUUCUCCCAACAGGUGCAGCUUGCAGGCAAAAGUACAAGUACAGGAACAAAGCAGAUGAUGCCUUGUGGCUUUAAUAGCUGUGUGGGAGGCAUAAAUUAAAUAGGGUAAGCCUAUUCUAGUAUGGAAAUAUCAAUUAUGAGAGAAGGUUCUGUUUUCCAUUACUUGUACAUUCUGCUUUACAUUGCAUUCUGCUGUACAUUACUUGUGUGUGGCCCCUGUUUUACCUUUAGACCCUAUACUUCAACACAGCUUGUAAUGUAGGGUUUGUCAGUAUAUGGAAACAUCGCAGCUGCAGACAGCCAGAUUGUUGACAUCACAUGAUGUGCCUAUCUGUGGGAAAGAAGAAUUUCCCAGGAAGUUCACAGGCUGGAAAAGUCUCUGUGAAGAGUGUAAUUUGAAACCUUCCGUGUGCGCAUGUACAGGAAGUUUGUUAGACGUGCUGGAAGAACUGAACUGAAAGGACGUGUUUUUCUGUAGUGCUGUAAUGUCAGAAAUAAAAGAAUGUAGAUAAACGU